CAUAGACUAAGACUACACAUUCACCAUCCCUCGUCUGACACAAACCCUUGCGAAUGGUAUACCUUGAACUCGAUCCAUCUUGGCGGGCUUCCCGCUAGCAUAUACCCCGCAUGCCUUCACAGAUACAAAGCACGAGGGCCGACUCCCCAGACUCCUUUGGCUCUCGUGCAGGCUCCGGUCCACUCAAUGGCCUCACAUCCUCUUACCCUCUUCCCGACGGGUCCUUCUGCUUCCUUUCCUCCACGUAUCGAUCACCUAUUCCGCUGCCUUCGAGCUCUCCUCCAGAAACUCGUGCUAGAAGCGCCGCUUCGUCAAGUGCUUCGACUGGAUAUGGCUCAUGGCAGCUGAGGGCCGCUCGUAUAGUAGGGGCGCAUACAGCCUGGUUCGAAGGCAAGUGGGAGGGGUUAGUGCUGAAAGACCUCUCGCUCAAGAACAAUUGUACAACCUGGUCUGCUUUUGAAGAAAAGGUCUUGCAGUUCUGGAGGAGCAGUGAGAUCAGCUUUGGCGCCUCGAAGCAGCAGACGCCCGAGACCUGCAGCGUCCUCUACGUCAUGGUGGGUGUCGAUCCCGAUUCUUGGAUCCGCCUCAAAUUGUCCAGCAUUGCGGCACAAGACGCUCUUCUGCUGUCGACCUCACUGUGUAUGGAGCUAUCACGGACGUGUGACUUGCUACGCUCACAUCUAGAUACCAAGCAGGCGCAACUUGACCACUCGCGGAGUCUAGCUGGAGUCGCUCCUCCGCCCCCGUCACAAGUCAGCUCGUCACUCGUGAACCCAGGUAGAAUUAAGAGGAAGCACAUCGACGAUGGUGGCUUUGAAGAUGAUGAUGAUGAUGCGGCUGAACUGGAGCCAACGCAGCCAGAGGAACACUCCAAGAAUGUAGCCAAAGCUGUGAUGAUAGCCCAGGCAGGGGCUGAGGAAGAGGACGAUGUUCUUUCGCCUAUAGCCGCUCGAGAAGGGGCUGCUGCCGCCGCCACCAAGGACGUGACUUCAAACGGUAACGUCGCAUCUGCAGUACCAGCCGCAGAAGGGGGAGAGAAGGUUCAAGAGGAAGCCCCUGGCUCGGAUGCGGAUGACAGUGAUGAUUCUGAGACACAGGAAGAUCUGCUGAGCACAGUCGUCCGUAAGAGGCACAAGACCUGAUAUCGCAUCAAGCGUCACUCCAUCCUGUUGUAUGAUACCCGCAUUCCCAACCACUAUACCAUGAACGUCGCUGUAACGCACGCCAGCUUCCACGACCCCCAUUUGACAUCUCACUCUUUUGGUCAAUUGCAGGCGAAAAGAGAGGCUUCGAUGUGAAGCGACAUGAUCUUGUCGGAUUCUGAUGCCAUGCUCUAUCCCUCUAGCUAUACUACUUGCUCAGUAUCCAACACCCAAGAGG